AUGGGCAUGAAGUUCUCGCCACUGUCGCAGGCAGACAUGAAAGUUAAAGAGAAACAGUGGUAUGAGACAUCAUUGGACUCCCCAACGAAACCUGAAGCACCUCUUCUGAAAAAGAGCUCUAGCUUAAAGCGGACUUCAAGUGUUGGGAACUCGCAGGCUUAUGAAAUCAUGAUCUCCACUGGCCGACACUCUGCCAUGCAAAGUCCUAAUCAAAUUCCACAAAGUCCACCAGUUUUAUCUCCUGGAGCAGUUUCUUUAGAAUCUCCAAAGAACCUUACAGUGAUUGAACAAGGGAAAUGUAUACCAUACAGAGAAGAGACUAAACCUUUUGAAAUGUCUGAUUUUUACAAAUAUUCUACAAAGUUCAGACAAAAUAAUGUUCAAAAAAGUGCCCCAAAUAAUCCAGGGCCAAGUUUAAAUUCAGGGUAUAACAAGUUGCCUAUGGAGUUGCCACAAUAUGCUCAAGACCAUUGGCAUGGACAAACAAAUUGA